AAAAAAGAGUUAUGGCAACUUCAACUAAUAAUAUCAGAUGGUGUAUGUGAAGAUCAUGAAACUCUCAAGUCUCUUGUCAGAAAAGCAACUGAAGCACAAAUAAUGGUUGUAUUUAUAAUUGUCGAUAAAAAAUCAGAAAAAGAUUCUAUAAUAUCGAUGAAUCACGUCAAAUAUAAAUCAGUAAACGGACUAAUGACACUUAGUAUGGAAAGAUAUCUAAAUACAUUUCCAUUUGAAUAUUAUGUAGUCUUAAGAGAUAUCAAUGCAUUGCCAGAAAUUCUUGCUGAUACACUAAGAACUUUAUUUUAA